CUGUCUUUCAACAGGCUGGUUGAACUCUAUUUCUGGGAUCAUCUUCCAAAAGAUUAACAUUCAAAGCAGGCAGACUCGGACAGACACAGUACAGUCACAAUGCUUCUCCCACCUGUUUUAUUUUUGUUUGCAUCUUCUAUAAGGAUUGUCUCUGGGGGUGAUUGGUGCUAUCAGUCACAAGUUACAUGUGAUCACAACUGCACAGGUCCAGGGGCAUGGGGAGUAGUUUCACAGAAGUGCAAUGGCGAACAUCAGUCUCCGGUGAACAUUGUUACAAGGAGAAUGCUUUUAGACGAGAGGCUCACCUCUUUUCACUUCACUGGAUACCAAGAAGCUUUUCAUGGUCGCCUCUUAAACAAUGGUCACACAGUUCAACUGGAUUUACCCUCCAGAAUAAAGAUCAUAGGAGGAAGUCUGGCCUCACAAUACAAGGCAAUUCAACUUCACCUGCAUUGGGGCAAAGACGGAGGACCAGGGUCUGAACACACAAUUGACGGAGAACAAUUUCCAAUGGAGAUGCAUAUUGUCCACAUAAAAGAAGAAUACAACUCUUUAUCCCAGGCUGUUGGAGACAGCACAGGCGUGGCUGUUCUUGGAUUUUUCUUUGAGGAGUCGAAGUCUGCAAAUAAGAAAUUUGAUCCCCUCAUUAAGGCUCUGAAAAACAUCACACAACCGAGCAACAGUACAGCACUGGAGGGUGUAUCCCUGGAAAUGUUCACACCUUCCCAGGAGAACAUGACCAAGUACUUACGCUAUAAUGGCUCCCUCACUACACCCGACUGUGCUGAAGCUGUCAUUUGGAGCCUGUUUGAAAACACAGUUCCUCUCAGCAGAAAGCAGCUUGCUGAAUUCUCCAACCUUCAGUUUUCUAAUGGAGAGCAGAUGACCAAAACCUUCAGACCAUUGCAGCCUUUGAAUGGACGGCAAGUGUAUUACUCUGGAGGUCAGGUUGCUCUGGUUAGCACUGUGUUACUCAUUGUGUCAGUGCUGGUAUCACUAAUGAAUGAAUAUGUCCACUGAUGAUUGUCUAAUACAUGUAAUACAAUGUACUGAAUAUGUACAAAUAAGACUGUAAGCACUGUGUGCGAUUUCAUUGGAGUAAAGACAAAAUCUUACUUGUAUACUGUUUAUCAAUUAUAAUUUGUAUAUUUAGGCUCUUAAUUUGGCACGGUUUCACAGUAACUAUGUAGAGAACAAAUUUACAGACUAUGGGACUACUUGUAGGUGUUAUAAUAAUGCCUCUUGUGAUAUCUUAUCUCAAUAAAUGUCUUGUGAUA